AUGAAUUCUCCUUUUAAUGUGUGUAUUUCUUUCCUUCUAUUAUUCCUGCUCUCUCGCUAUAGGAAAACCUUUCCAUCCCAGCAUGCAACGCUCUCUGGCUUCGCCGCUGUAUAUAUCUCUAUGUACUUCAAUGCCAGCAUCAACAGUACGACUAAGCUGCUGAAGCCCCUGCUGGUGUUUGCUUUCUGCAUGGCUGCAGGCCUUGCUGGCCUGACUCAGAUAACGCAGCACCGAAGUCACCCGAUAGACGUCUACGUGGGUUACCUCAUAGGAGCCGGCAUUGGAGUUUAUCUGGCUGUGUACGCUGUGGGAAAUUUUAAGGCGUCAGAAGAAGAUGCUCCCUCUUUGCAGCGGCUGACUUCAGUCCAUCAGAAAGAUGGACUUAGAGUGUUGAGCCAGCGGAGCCAUGAUUCACUGUACAGGAAGACUCCCAGGGUGUCUGAGAGCAGGGAGGAGCUGGGGGCUGGGUUGGGUUCCGGAGCCCGCAGUAAGGUGAGGAGGGAAAAGGCAUCCCUUGCCUCCCUGAAACGAGCGAGUGCUGAUGUAGAGCUCCUGGCAACACGUGGACCCAUGGGCAAGGAGACUAUGGUAACCUUCAGCAACACCUUACCCAGAGUCGCAAAUGGAAACAGCCCCAUCUCACCUUCUGAUGAGCCGAUCAUCACGCAGCGCCACAUGACCUUCCACGUCCCCUCUGAUUCCCAGAGGUCUCGGCAGCUGGUGUCAGAGUGGAAGCAAAGAUCGCUGGAGCUCCGCAGUCAGAGCUCUAGGGAUGAAGAUGAAGGAGAGGAUGAGAGGGACAGAGGAGGUGAAAGAGGAGCGGCCGCAGGCGAAGGAGAGAAUAAAGGGAUGCCUUCAUCUCUUUAUCCCACAGUGCAGGCCAGCAACAAUCCUUCAACAGCAGCUACAGCGAGGAUGGCUGUGGCACCCCCACUGGUUCACAUCCCAGAGGAGGCCUUGCGACCUCCGCCUGUUUCCCCUAAGAGUGCCAAAACACGAGCCAAAUGGUUGUCGCUUACUGAGGGAGGAGGAGUGAAAGAGCCUGGAUCAGGACCCAUUGCUGUUUCAACUCCACGGGUACCGAACACACAGCCCAGCCAGCCUCCCAGCCAACAAAGGGUCACUCAG